UCAAGUCACACCGUUCAGAUAUUCAUAUAUAGAUAGUUCUGGAAUUUGUUAGUUUUAAUUACAAAAUAGUCAUAUAUAUUCAGAUUAAGUAAAGCAUUAACAAAGCAGUCAAUAUGUCGGACUGGGAUACGGUAACCGUUUUAAGAAAAAAGGCCCCAAAGUCUAGCCAACUGAAGACCGAAUCAGCUGUGAACAAUGCACGCCGCCAAGGUGUUGCCGUCGAUACCCAGCAAAAAUAUGGUGCUGGCACCAACAAGCAGCAUGUGACCACGAAGAACACUGCCAAGCUGGAUCGCGAGACUGAGGAAUUGCGGCACGACAAGAUUCCGCUCGAUGUGGGCAAACUGAUUCAGCAGGGUCGCCAGGGCAAGAAUAUGAGCCAAAAGGAUUUGGCCACGAAAAUCUGCGAGAAACAGCAGGUGGUUACCGACUAUGAAGCCGGACGCGGCAUACCCAAUAAUUUGAUACUUGGCAAAAUGGAGCGUGUGCUUGGCAUAAAAUUACGUGGCAAGGAGCGCGGCCAACCAAUAGCGCCUCCCGGUAAAAAGUGAGAUGAUGCUGCUGCGUCCACUGUUGUGGUCGCUCCGCCUCUAAAUCACAAAAAUGCCAGACACCAGCAACAACCGGAGUCUGGCUGGAGCACCGUCAGCAGCAGCAGGCGCAAAUGAAGCACUAUCCGGGAGGCUGUCGCACCAAACAAAAUCGGGUUAGCAGCUAAACACAAACAAAAUCACGAGGAGAAUGAACGAGUUAAUAUCUACAACAACCACAAUCAAUCCAAGCAAACACACAUGAGCGCCAAACAACAACAAAACGCAUUAAAUUCUUUGCCACAUUUGCUUUUUCUUUUAUUUUGCUGACAAAAAUUCAAACAUUGUAAUUCAAUAUUGGCAUAAACAAAAAAAAAACAACAACAACAAACACACACGCAUACCUCAAGGGACAAUGCACAAAAGUACACAAACAACAAACUGAACUCAGCUAAAAUAAUAAUUAUUAAAUUGAGUCGCAAACAGCUUGAAAUGUUGUGCUCAUGGCUGGAACAAAUUGUUUUGUUUAUUAGUUUUGCUCAUUUUGGCAUAUUUUACAAAAUAUACAUGC